GAAGACAAUCCUGCAUUUCUCAACUACCGUUCGGAGAGAGGCCGCGUGCUCUACGGCGAGGACGUCUACAUUAUAUACCGCUAUUUUGAGACGAUUAAAAGAAACCCCGUUGGCCAUUUGAGUGGGGGUUGUCCUACAUCUUUCGGGAUGUCGCAGCUUCAUUCUGUUGCUGGAUGA